ACAAUGUCAGUGGAGACUUAUUUGCGAUAUAAAGACCUAUCAGAAUGAAUCUUGUCAGAGUUUUGAAUGCAAAGCAAGAGAGAUCACUGUCUUUCACUGAAAUGGAUGAACUUCUAUUUUUGCAGAUAAAGAGCAUUUAUUACCCUUUAAUUUCAGCUGUUGGAGUUCCAGUAAACCUGGUGGCUAUUGUGAUCCUUUACCGAGGAAAGUGUGGCCUCUCGCAAUGUAUCACUUCCUACCUAUUAGGAAUGGCAGCCUCUGAUCUUCUUGUCGUGAUCACUGAUCCUUUACUGAGGCGGUCAGUCGCAAUUUAUUUUGCAGAUUCCUUCAUAUUCAUUACUCCUGUUUGUAUUGUUAUUUAUUUUUCAUCGGUGGCAGCCACUGUUGUUUCUGUGUGGCUCACAGUUGCUUUCACUGUGGAUCGAUUUGUGGCCAUUUGUUGUGAGAAGCUGAAAACAAAAUAUUGCACCAAGAAAACUGCAACUGUGGUGAUAACAACAGUGAGCUUGCUGGGCUGUUUGGAGUCUGUCCCGUGGUGCUUUGUAAAGGAACCAGAAUAUGUAAUUAAUAAUGUUCCCUGGAAUUGUGUAACAAAACAGAGCUUCCAUACAUCCCCUGGAUGGGCUGCACUAGAAAUGAUUCAUUACAUUUUAACACCUUGCAUCCCUUUCUUCUUAAUUUUUGUAUUCAACGUUUUAACAAUCAGACAUAUUUCUGUGGCAAGUAAAGUACGAAGAGCACUUCGGAGCAAAAGCUACACAGAUGAACACAACGAUCCAGAGAUGAAGAAUCGCAGAAAAUCCGUUAUUUUACUCUUGAGCAUUUCUGGCAGUUUCAUCCUGUUGUGGGUGUUACACAUAGCGUAUAUCAUUUAUCGACGAAUUGCAGACAUGCUAACAUAUUACACAUACACUGACUCUAACUUCACCAUAUACGGCAUCUCAAAGAUGUUGCAAGUACUCAGUACCUGCACUAACACGGGUAUUUAUGUUGUAACCCAGAGUAAAUUCAGAGAGGAGCUGAAGAAUGGGGUGAAAUAUCCUUUUAAUCUCAUCAUUAAACUUCUGUCAACAGUCACACGGACACACUUGUAAUGUUCUUCAUU